AGCCAAAAUCUCUUCAGAGCGGAGGAGAUAGAUAUAUGGAAAUGGCGGCCUCAUCUUUCCUGGCCUCUCAUCCCACUGCACUUCCUUGUUGUCUUCCCAGAGCUUCUCCACUUCUUUCAAACUCGAAUCGUGGAAGGGACCGGGUUCGGGUUCGGGCGAAAUCGAGCCCGGAGAAUGAGGAUUCCAGUUCGGACAUUUUCGAUGCGUCGUCGGAGAAUCCCGACCACACCCAGGAGGCUCAAACAUGGAUGUCAAGAAGGCAGUGGAUGACAUGUAUGUGUUCAUCUGCAGCCUUGAUUAACAAUGCUUACACCUUUGUGUCUGUACCAAAGGCACUGGCUUUAGACAAAACACGAGGAGCUGUAUGCCGAAAUUGUCUUGGCAGUGGUGCCGUUCUUUGUGAUAUGUGUGGUGGUACAGGAAAAUGGAAAGCUCUCAACCGAAAACGAGCUAAAGACGUCUACGAGUUUACAGAAUGUCCAAACUGUUACGGUCGAGGCAAACUGGUGUGUCCUGUUUGUUUGGGCACAGGUUUACCCAACAACAAAGGUCUCCUUAGGAGGCCCGAUGCUCGUCAGCUACUCGACAAGAUGUACAAUGGCCGGCUUCUUCCGAAUUCUUAAAGAGUUAUUGCCCAUUUGCAUUCAUGUUGAUUCAAACCGCAAUAACAUUCCAUGUACCAAUUCUGAUUGAUUCAUGGACAGGUUCUGUUCUGUGCAAUGUUUUGCUACACUUGCAGUGGAAGUUCUAUACAACGAUCUUUAUGUCA